AGGAAAAGAGAAGAAAAUGGGGAAAGAAAGAUUGACAAAUCUAUCAGAUCAUCUCUGACCAGGUGAACAGCGUUGGCGUAUAAUUUCACCAAUGUGUGAACGCUAGGGGAUGCUCAACCAUGGCUUCACCACAGCCAAGGAGAUGGCCAUGGAAGCCGGCAGCCGCCUGCUCUCCUAUGAAACUCUCAAUUUCGUCCACUUCUUCCUCUUCUUCUUUCAAUUCAUUAUCCAUCUUAACAGUUCGUUGUACGAUCAGCAGACAGCAGCCCCCAAUCGCCACAUCCUCUGCCGAUGCUUCUUCUUCGGUUUGUCAAUCUAGUCAUAAUAUGAAGAAGAGAGCAAGCAAAUCACUGACAUUUGGAGAUGAUUCAAAGAACGAGUCUUCUGUCGCUGUAAAUUGCCCUCGCUCGCGACGGAAGCCGACUUUGAGUUUCAAGUCGUUGCUUGGGAGGCGAUCUUUGCGGCGAAGGCCCUUGUUCAACUCCAGGAAAAUCAGGAGCAUCAUUCUGCUCAAUGUCACCACCUUUGUUUAUGGGGCAAUCGUUCCUGCCCGUACCUGGUUUGGAGCUCUAAUGUCCGUCUUAGGAGUUGCAAUGCUGGAAGCCAGUGGAUCACCUCCAAGUGUUGGAGAUUUGUUGAACUUUAUGAGUGCAGUAUUUUUUGGGGUUCAUAUGCUAAGAACAGAGCAUAUUUCAAGGAGUACUGAGAGAGAAAAUUUCCUAGCACUUCUUGGAUAUGAGGUAUCUGUUGUUGCUGUCUUAUCAACUUUGUGGUACUUUGUUGGAGAUUGGUUUGGUGGCGUCCAGGAAACCAGUUCCUCAUCUUGGACAUGGGCAAUGUUUUGGGACUGGAUGACAGCAUUUCCAUGGAUUCCUGCACUUUAUACUGGCAUGUUUUCAACAGGGUUAUGCUUAUGGGUAGAGAUGGCUGCUAUGCGUGAUGUCUCAGCUACCGAAACUGCAAUUAUUUACGGCCUAGAGCCAGUGUGGGGUGCUGGUUUUGCAUGGGUUCUUCUUGAUGAAAGGUGGGGCAUGACUGGAUGGAUUGGUGCUGCUCUUGUUCUAGGUGGAAGCUUAAUCGUGCAGAUAUUUGGAUCAUCAUCUACAAAGCUACCUAAGGAAGGGAAAGAUAGUAGACAAAGGGAAAGGUUGUUAGUUUCAGAUAAACUAGGUUGUUUAUCUUCUCCAGUUGUUGUCAACUCUAGGAAGAAUGCUCCUGAUGUAUUAAACAAAUAAGUCAUACCUACUCAUGUUUAUACUGUAUGGUUCUGUUGCUGAUACAUGUAAGUAAUGUGAAAUCAUAUAUGGUCCUUCUAAUAUCUUUACAACUAUGCCAUCUAUUUUAGGUUUUGGUGGUUCAGAAA